AUGGGUGCAAGCAAUCCUAAACUCACUCCACAAGAGCAGAUGAGAGAGCAUCGGCGUGGACUGAAACGGGCUAUGAGAGAGCUAGACCGUGAAAGGAAUCAUCUUAUUUUGGAAGAAAAGAAACUUGUCGCAGAAAUCAAAAAAUUGGCCAAGCAAAACCAAAUUGGUCCGUUGAAAGUCAUGGCAAAGGACCUUGUGCGCUUGAGAAGGCAAACUCAGAAGUUCCUUGAAAUGAAAUCACAGAUCCAAGGAGUGGAUUUGAGACUACAAACCAUGAGGUCAACUCAGGCAAUGUCAGAAGCACUGAGAGGAGUCACACCUGCUUUGGUAGCUUUUAACAAGCAAAUGAAUCUCCCUGAGCUCAAUAGAAUGAUGCAAGAGUUUUAUAAAGAAAAUCAGAGGAUGGAUAUGACUGAAGAAAUGAUGGGUGAAGCCGUAGACAUGGCUUUGGAAAAUCCUAAUGAUGUAGAAGAAAGUGACAAUGUUGUGAAUCAAGUUCUAAGCGAGCUUGGUGUUGAAGUAGCAGCUUCAUUACAAAGCGCACCUGCUGGGAAACUCAAUCGGCCAGUCGUUGAAGAAUCAAAAGAACCUCAAAUGGAAGAUUUAGAAUCAAGAUUCAAUGCGCUUAAAUAA